GAGAGAGGCCACAUGCGGUUAUCGAUUGAGCGGCAGCAACGACCUGGCACGGUGCCUACACUAGCAUCGGGGAACUGGGGCUGAAUCCAGCCCCCACCGACUCCUCAAAUAAGAGAUCAGGGCAUCAUGAUGAAGAGGUGGAGCAGCCGUACUAAUAGAAGGGAGACUCAUCUGUAUGUUCAAAGAUUGUACAGCUCCUGGGACAAAAUGAGGUAGAUCACCAUCAGAAGCAGGUUGUAAUGUUGAGUCAGGACCGUUUUUAUCGGAUUUUGACUCAAGAGCAGAAGAACAAAGCACUGAAAGGCCAAUUUAACUUUGACCACCCAGAUGCCUUUGACAAUGAACUUAUCUUGAAGACCCUCCGAGAGAUCAUGGAAGGGAAGACUGUCCAAAUUCCUGUGUAUGACUUUGUAACCCACUCCAGGAAAGAGGAGUCUGUAACAGUAUAUCCUGCUGAUGUGGUGCUUUUUGAAGGUAUACUGGCUUUUUACGUGCAAGACAUCAGGGAGAUGUUCCAGAUGAAAUUGUUUGUUGACACUGAUGCAGAUACACGGCUAUCAAGAAGGGUGCUAAGAGACAUUAACGAACGAGGUCGUGAUUUAGAGCAGGUUCUUUCUCAGUACAUCACUUUUGUGAAGCCGGCCUUUGAGGAGUUCUGCCUGCCUACCAAGAAGUAUGCUGAUGUGAUCAUUCCCAGAGGUGCUGACAACCUGGUUGCCAUCAACUUGAUUGUUCAGCACAUCCAGGAUAUUUUAAAUGGAGGUUUAACAAAGCGGCAGAGCAAUAGCUAUACGAACGGUUACAGUAACCACCGGAGUAGGCACCCUUCAGAGUCUAGCAGUAGCCGACCUCACUAAAGUGCCCUGUGAUCAUGGAAUCUGUAUAUACUUUACACCAAUACAUGUUCCAUGCUGUCUUGCCAUGGAAAACCAGAGAUGGGUGUUUUCUCUGAAGGAGAAAUAUAUUUCUUACAGCAUAUUUCAAUGCUGCCAAGUGCUCUGCAAGAAAAGUGCUACUUGACUACUGCACCCAGAACAAAACAUGCUGGAAUUUGCUGGUGUCUGCGAAGGAGAUGAAAACCUGUGGCUUCAUACGCCAAUGCUUGUGGGUUUUUAUUUUAUUUUUUUUAGUUUAACCCCCCCCCUCUUUAUUGGAAUGGAGAAAAGCGAAUGGGAGCUAAUGGCCAUCAAAACUUGAAUGUUCACAGAAACUACUGCUAGAAUGAAUUUCAUAAAACUCACUGGUAUUCUAUCCAGUAUCAUGUAUUUUUUUUUGUCUAUAUGUGAAAUUCUGUACAAUUGUUUGCCAUAAAUGUAUUUUAAAAGCUAUGGCAUUCUAAGUCUUUAAGCAUAGACAUGGGCAUUGUCUAAAAUAAUCUGGAAUAUGUAACAAGAAAGGAUACAAUUUAUUUUUUUCACAUUUCUCUUUAUAUUAGGACAUUGAAGUUUCUAGUGUUUCAUAACGAGAAUGUGAUUAUUAUAUUGGGAUUGUGAUUUCAUAGGGGGCUUCUCCACACAGCAGACCAGAACAGUUUAACCAUCACCAGUGCCAAACUCAUGAUUGUGGAAUUUAUUCUGUAAAUCCGAGGAUUUCAGAUCUGCAUUGUUUUGAAGUCCGUUAAUAUUGUAUUUACUUUCUAUCCAUGAAAUUAUUUAUUAUCUAUCUUUUUUUUUUUUGAUCUCGUACCCUUUGGUGUGGAUCAAAAUAUUGUUAUCUGAUAAAUGGCUGCCAAGUAUAAUGAAUAGUAGAAACCUGAAAAGAAAAAAAAAUUAUAAUAAAAUGAUACUUUCAGAA